GAGCCAUCAAGACCUGCAACCUGGCCUUAGAGGCUGCAGAUCAGUACUAUGUGCCAGUGAACAAGACCUGGCGACUGAACGAGCGCAUGUACGGUGGUUUGACAGGUGCGCACAGACCUCCAGAAGAGAGAGGUCCUCUCCAGGUGCAGAUCUGGCGUCGGAGCUUCGACAUUCCUCCACCCGCCCUGGAGAAGGAGAACAAGUACCACCCAUGCCACGAAGCCAAGUAUGCAGACCUGGAUCCAAAGGACCUGCCAGACACCGAGUGUUUGAAGGACACCAUCGCACGUGUGAUGCCCUACUGGGAGGAGACCAUUGCCCCUGCACUGAAAGCAGGAAAGACCGUUUUCGUGGCCGCACACGGGAACUCCAUCCGCGCCAUCGUGAAGAUGAUCGAAGGUCUCUCUGACGACGUGAUCCCGGGAUUGGAGAUCCCGACAGGGACACCCUUGGUCUACGAGCUUGACAAGGACUUGAAACCCUUGCCGACCAGCCUGGCUGUGGAGCCCUUGAAGUUCGGGCGCUAUUUGGGCGACGCAGAGAAGAUCCGGGCGGCCGCCGAAGCAGUGAAGAACCAGACCAAGGUCGGUUGAGACAGGACAUCAGUUCAUUGAGGAGUCUCUCCAGCGGAAACUCGCAACUGUAUCAGCUGAGCGCGCGCUGGGGAUUUCUUGCACACUUCAGACUCGAGCCAACUCCGAGCCGAGCUGCGCACAUUCGGAAAAAAGGUGCAGG